GUCUGAUCAAACAUGGCGGUCUUCUGCACGGGAUAACGCGGUGGUUGAUAACUGCUAUGACAGCAUGUCACUUUUGAGACUGUGUGCCUAUGCAAACGGUUUAAGUCGUAGUUUUGCGGUCGAGAGGAGUGUACGUGGAGUUUUGAAUGCCGAUUAUUGCCACCGUUGUCUCAGAAUACGGAAUAAUGGAGAUGAUUCAUGGGCUCCAAUUUACCAAAGACACUAUUCAGCCAUCCCUAAAAAGGAUGGGAAGAAAAGAUUCUGGGAACGGUCUCAUUUGUUGGAUGUUCUGGAGGCCAGGAUCCAACAGCUACAAUCUGAUGUCGCUGUAGACGUCAAACGUUCAGAAGUACAAAUUGUCAAAUUUCAGCAAAGCGGAAAGGAUCUUUUACAUGGAAAUACUCUAAAGAACUUGCCUGGUGACACAACAGAAAUGGCCAAAAGUGGGGCUUCUACUAAAAAGGGAAACACUGAAGGUGGCAUUGGUGUGUCCUUCAAAACUCACGCAAGUCGCUGGAUGGAGAAACUCGAGCGUGAAAAGUGGAAUCAACCCAAGAAACAAGCUUCACAAAGGAUUCAUGAUCAGCCAGUUACUAGUAAAAGCACCAAAGGAAGUUUGAUGGUUUCUGGUACUUCUACAAAGAUAAUCACAACUGGCAAAAGAAGCAAGACAAAAACUAAAAUAGAAGACCUCAACUCUAAUGCAUCUACCACUACCACCUCCAAAGACAUCCCAAAAAAGCCAAAAAAGAAGAUCUACAGAGUCCCCGAAAGUUCAACCACCAGUUUUCCAGGAAUGCAGAAGGUCUUAAAAAUCUCCAGUGGCCAAGUUGGCAGGGUUCCUGAGAUGUCUAGAAAAGAGGAACUAGCAGUGCCAGUAGGAAAAGAAUUGGCAGAGGAAGAGAAGCAAGAUGAAGACCACCAAACCAACCAGCAAAGUCUGACCACUGCAGAAAAGCUUCUGGAAGAUAAGGAGGGGAACUGCUACGGAGAUCCACAACUCCGAGUACGCUGUUAUUUAGAGGCAUGUGUGUUCAAUGACGAUGUUGCUCGAGCUCAGAACUGCCUUAUGUCUCAUCACCGUCACCUAUCCAGACGGAAGCAACUGUCUAUCAGCGCCUACAACAUUAUAAUGAAGAUGUGGGCUAAAAAAGGUUCCAUCAAUCACAUUCGUCGUUUGUUCAUUCUGAUUGAAGAAGCCGGUCUGAAACCCAACAUUACAUCUUACAGUGCUGCACUAGAGUGUAUGGGCCGCAUGACUGACUGCUCAUCAUGGAUCAUUCACAGGUGUCUUCAGCAGAUGGCGGUGGACGGUCUGUCGGUGGAUGAUUUGUUCAGAGAUUGUGUGUUUAAGCAGGACGAGAGAGACCUGGUUCUGAGAGCUGUGCGAAUGGUGCAGCCCGACUACCAACCCCAUGUAUCCAAAGAUCAGCCACUCUGUUCGCUGCCACUGGUGGAACAGUUCUAUGCUGAGAGGCAAGGUGCCACAUAUCCUAAACUGGACUUCAGCCUGACAGAACUGCGGGAUCGGUUCAAUCUUCAGCUGAAUAUGGAGAUGGCCAAUACCAUAACCAUCGACUCAGUGGAGGCCAUGAAGCCUGUCACAGAACACAUGGCUAAAAUGAGAGAUUUACUAGCAACCCAGCGGGCAAACUGGGAGAAAGCUCUCUUUCAGGCAUUGAAAGAGAAGAAACAGAUAUUAGCCAACAACAGCCAGAGGGCCUGGAGUACCUGCAUAUACCCUUACCUUUGUAUUCUGGAUGAUCAGGAGUAUGUGAACAUCAUGCUUCAGAGUGUAGCCAAACUGUCACCCAGUGGGGAAUCUUUACUCGUCAUGGCAGAAGAGAUGGGAACCAGAGUCCAUAAUAUGUACUGCAUCCGGCAGAAGAGCCACAGUCAGAUGAUCGAGAAGCUCGGGAACAUCUACAGCUCAUAUGCUGAACUCCUGGCAAACGAUACCAAGACCAGUGACAUGUUGCCACGGGAGUGUUGGGCGAGUCUGGAGAUGGAAAGGAGUAGCGGCCCAUCUCUUUUAAGCGACGACACCCCUUGGCCACUGGUCCUGAUGGUACAGCUUGGGUGCUUUCUGACUGACCUAAUGGUGCGUGAGCUCAAAGUCCAGAGCAACAUCCUGAACCCCACUCAAGAGGAGAAGCUCAUUCCUGUCCUCUACCACAUGUACACGUUCCGUAGCAGUCGGAAGAUUGGCUUUAUUAAGCUGCACCCUAUUGUGACCCAAAUUCAGAGGGAGGCGAUGGAAACAAAACUGACUUUUGACUCCUACGUCAUGCCUAUGCUUUGUCCGCCUGUGCCUUGGACAUCUCCUAAAAGCGGUGCUUACCUCCUGAUGCCCACCAAGCUAAUGCGUGCAACCGAUGGAGCCAUCCAGCACCAACUCCUUCUGGAGAAGAGCCGAGAUGAGGAUCUCCACGCCGUGCUGGACUCCCUCAAUCAGGUGGGCAACUGCGCUUGGAAGAUCAAUAAGCCACUGUUGGACAUUAUCAUCUCUAUCUUCAACGACAAGGGGAGCGACAAGCUCUGCAUCCCUCCGCCCUUGUCCGAAGCUCCCGAAAUUCCACGUUUUAACCCUCAUGACCCUAUAUAUACUCAAGUGGAGAAGGCCUAUAUGAAACAUGAGGGCAUUAAAGCCAAGAAGAAGGUUGCAGAGAUGCACAGUCUCCGAAUGGACGCUCUUUAUAAGCUGUCCAUCGCCAACCACGUGAGGGACAUGAUCUUCUGGUUCCCUCACAAUAUGGACUUCCGUGGCCGUACGUACCCCCGGCCGCCUUAUUUUAACCAUUUGGGAAGUGAUGUGACGAGGGCUUUGCUGCUGUUUGCUGAGGGAAGACCUCUUGGUCCUAAAGGUCUUGAUUGGUUGAAGAUCCACCUGGUGAAUCUUACUGGGUUGAAGAAGUGUAGCUCACUAGCUGGAAGACUGGAGUAUGCAGAGAGUAUCAUGGAGGAUAUUCUCGACUCGGCAGACCAUCCUCUUGAUGGUCGGAAAUGGUGGAUGAAUGCAGAUGAGCCGUGGCAGGCACUGGCUUGUUGUAUGGAGAUAGCAAAUGCCUCUCGGUCACCUGACCACACCAACUUCAUCUCCUAUUUCCCUGUUCAUCAGGAUGGCUCUUGUAACGGCCUCCAGCACUAUGCUGCUCUCGGGCGGGAUGUGAUUGGUGCUACUUCGGUGAACCUAAUGCCUUGUGAAGUUCCUCAGGAUGUGUACAGUGGUGUAGCUCAUCAGGUGGAGGAGUUCAGGGCUCGGGAUGCAGAGAAGGGUUUGAAGAUUGCACAGGUGCUGGAGGGCUUCAUCAGCAGGAAGGUGGUGAAGCAGACGGUGAUGACUGUGGUCUAUGGCGUCACUCGCUACGGGGGCCGUCUACAGAUCGAAAAGCGACUCAAGGAAAUCGAUGAUUUCCCUAAGCUCAAGAGCAGCAUGCAGAAUCUGAACAUCCACAUCAGCCAUGAUGCCAAUGAACACUUAGAAAGCAGCACCUGUGUCCGGGAAGUGUUUGACGCUUUGUUCUGGGACAUCAGUGUGGCUAGGCAGCAUACAUUAUCAUAUACGGAAGACCCUGGAGGAUUUGAAAGAAGCAGAAAGUCCCUCAAAUGAGAAGAGUGGCAUUUUGUGUUGAAAUGUCAUUUACUAAAUGCAGGGCCAACCAGAAUGGACAAUGAUUAAACAUCAGAACUUGUUUUAUCAUCUCUUGAUAUGCGUUUGCUUUGGAAAGCAACUAUGUUUUAAAAUGGUUAAGAUGAAUUUUGACAAAUUUAAGUGAUUCGCUGAGCUCGACACAUUAGCGUUGUUUUUAUAUUUAACGCUAUAUUAAAGGAAUGGUUUGACCAAAAAUGAAAUAUCUGUUAUCAUUUACUCAACCUCAACUUGUUUCAAACUCUUAUGACUUUUUGUAUUCCGUGGAACGGAAAAGGGAAAAAUUGUAAAUGAUUUACUGGUCACAAAUGAUGUCUGUUUAGCUUUCAACUGCAAAAUCACCAUAAAAGUUAUCCAAAUUACCCAUGAGAACACCUGAGAGUUCAUGAGAGAAGUAGUGAUGUCUGGUUUUUGAAUUAAUCGUUCAUUUGAGUCAGAUUUUUUAAGUGAAUUGGUGAUUCAUUCACAAAUCGGACAUUGUUACUUCUACAAUGAAUAUGCCAAGGAGAGCUAGGUAGAUGUUGAGAUUUUCAGCUAAUUAAAUGUUAGUCUAGUUCUCACCCCAAAGCUACUGUAUGACUUUAUACCACUUGGAAUAGAGCGCACAAGUCGUGUGGACCAUUUUUAUGACACUUUUAUGGUGAUAUACAUAUAUUUUUUUCAUCCUUGAAAGCUCCUGUCCCUAUUUAUUGUAACUGCAUGGAAAAAAAGUGACCAGAAUAUUCUUCAGUGUGUUUCAUUUUUCAUUCCACAGAAGAAAGAAAAUCAUACAGAUCUAAAUAAAGUCAUACAACAAUAAGUUUUUCAUUUGUGGGUGAACUAUUUUUUAAGCCUCACUGGUAACAGGUUGUGUACACUGAGCCACAGUAACGUUGCCUAUUCGACCAACAGCGUAUCUCCCAAAUUUUCAUGCAUCAGUAAGGUACUGUCAUCCAUCCACCAUUUUACAGUAUGUUUACAAGUCAACAUCAUCUUUUAUUAAACAAACUCUGUUCGUCAAACUGAAUCUCCAAAUGUUCAAUCCAUACACCAGCAUCUGGUCUUUAAUACCAUCACUUAAUUUCACAGUUUGCAGAGCUUUACCCACAGCUUGGCUUAUACCACACCAAUGAAAUAUCUUCCAGGCUAGGUCUGCUUGCUUCAGAUGACAAUUAUCUCAGUGACCUUCCCCCAAAAGGUGCCAGGACAUGAUUAAAAACCACUUACAAUGGGCCUCACUUUUGCGCACUUAUACUUCUCUAUCGCUGCCUGAUAGGUGACAGCCACAACAGAACUCGCUAUGACAGGAAUCACAUUAACAGAAGCUAGGGUGACGAAAAGGGAACCCCCCCUUGUCCAAGACAAAGUGCUCAUGGCUAGACAGAUAGCCGCCACUGCAAUUGUACAUCCCUCCCAGGCUUUGAGAAAUAGCAGAUAUCAUCAGGUGUAGCUGCAAAAAAAAAAAAAAAGAAACUACUGUCCAGUUCAACUCAAGACCAAGUGACAGGCUGUACAUACCCUUGUCUAAGCUGUAAAGAAUUACUUCAUGACAGUAUACCACUCUUCAAGUGUCAGCCAUACUUCAAGUUGUUAAAAGAAAAAUUAAGCCUUCAAGUUGAUCUAAUAAAAGUUUGAAUAAUUCCAUAGAAAAAUGUACAUCUAGCCCUUCAUUGUGAAGUUUGGUCAUAGGAUCUAUUUAAUGACAUUACAUUUGAGCAGUUUCGAUAUUGAAUCGAGGGUGAUGCCCAGUGAUUAUUUGAUUGUUCACCCAGUGAUCAUUUGAUUGUUCGAAAUUUGGAAUAGACUACUCUGUGAUCCCUUAGAGAGAAAUGAAUUGGGGCGUUCAGACUUAACGCGUUCUUGCUUUAAAAAAAAAAAAAAAAAAGCUAGAUGCAGAGGCGCAUUAUAACAAGGCAUCUAAAAAAACAUGGGGCUUCUGCACAAGACGCUGAAAAAAACAACGAGAUUUGGCGCAACUAGUGAUGCAUCAAAGUGAAAAUUCUUGGCCGAAACAGAAACCAAAAAUUCUAGACACACUGGGCCAACAACAGAGCAAUGCUCAUUUACUGAAUGCGCUGUACAUGCAGACUGCAUAUUUACUUAUUAAACGCAACCUUGCGAUUCACUCUGUUUCCACUCCUGCACUCUGGCAAAGACUGAACUGGAGUUUUCACACCCAUGCAUUCAAAGGUUCCUCAAGUUGUCUAAUUAGAGCCUGAAAAGACCCUCAUUAACGAAGAGACUUAAAUGAUGAAAUUAAGAGGGUGGCAACGACCUAAAGCCCUUUCUGAAGCAAAAUUCCCACCCAUCAAGAUAUGAUUUCCAACACAAAGUAAAGCAGGUCUCUAAAGCAGAUAAUCUGUUAGCAGCUGUUGAUACUUUCUAGACACAUUCAGUACUCGGUAUGCUACUAAUAAGAGUUAAUUUAAAGCCCUUAAAGUCCAGACUAUCAUCUACAACAGAGAUGAGAUCAACAAAGAAAAGCCUCCUUCAACCGUAGUUGCUGCCACCAGCCCUGCGGUCUACGGACAACCUAUACAUUAUGGUCCAGAGAGAGUUCGCUGAUUAAAAACAGCAUCUGAACAAGCGUAAACAAAAUGCAGCGCCUCUUGAUGGCAGUUUACUAACAAUUGCUUAAUAAUCAGUGGCUGCGUUUAGAGGCAACCUAAUAAUUCGGUAAUAAUUCGAUAGCUCAAUGGAAUUGAAAAACCUUGAUGUAAACAGCUAAGUCGAUCCGAUUGAACUCGAUCAGAAUGAAAUUUCCAUCUGAUUGAAAAGGGUCGUGUAAACCUAAAAUAAUAUGUUAAAUAGAAGAAUAUUAGCCAUGUAAACCUUUGAAUCUGACAACAUUCUCAGUCGGAUAAAAACCCUUUAUCGCUUUUACAUUUGACUCUGCCACGUAAAGUAUUACCGUUUUCAAAAAUGUUAACUUGCAAAACUACUUUUUGGUAUUGCAUUUACAAGCAUGUGAAAUACAGCCUAUUUCUCUGGCAUUCUAACAUUGGCUUUGGAAUAUGGAUGGAAAUCAUAAGGAAUUUAACGAUUAACAAUUCUGGUUCCUAUACCGAUUUUCAGAGUUUGACAAUUCCUUUUCCUUAAUGAUUCGAUUAACGAAUCUUUUACUUAUAUGUUUACUUUAUCUACUCGCGACCAAUUCAUUGCAAAGAACUGACUGAAAAGAAGUGUUUGUUUACAAAUUUGUUUGGACAUUGUUAGCGGGAAAUGCUGUCAGAGGAUUUUAGUAUGCCAUUCAGUUUGCAUCAAUAGAAGAAUGCAGACAUUCAAGAACCAUUAACUGAACCAAAUGUCUUGAAAAUAAUUUAGAUUUAUUUCUCCCUUCUUUCCUUCCUUCCUUUCUUUCUAUAUACAACCUGAUAUAGAGCUGUAUAAUAUAAUGUUUUCAGGCAGAAUAAGCACACACAUUACUCUCAGCCAGUCUAGUAGGUGCACUAAGUUCAUGUGUGUGUCCAUCUUGGAUGAUAAUUAAGAGUGACCUACCUGUUCAGUGAUGUAUAGCUCCAGACACUACAGGUGUAGAUAUGGCCGUUGUGGAUAUGGUUACACUGGCCUUAAUUACUCAUGAGUGUGUGAGAGAGAAUGAGUGUGCACUUCAUACAAGACAGUCUUUCCUCCUUUUCUUGUGCC